CUUCAUCAUAUGUUUUCUGUCAGAGAUAGAAUAAUCUUUUAUAAUACUACAAAGCAAAACAAAUAUCUAGAGAAAAUGUAAAUUUGAUAAGGAUAUGAAAUGUAACCUAUAACGUUCUACUUCAUUUUCGUUGUAUACACCAAUCAAACUUAGAAUGUAUAUCGUGGUAUAAAUAAUUUUAUGUAUCGUUGACAACGAACAUACAGUGUAAUACAAGUGUUAUCAGUAUUUCAUGUUAAUUUUCGUUAAAAUAAAUAAUAGUACUCUCUAUUAUUUGCCCCAUAUAACGAUAGGAUCGUUUUUUUUCUCAUCCAUUGUCAUUGUGUUCUUUUUCUUUUCUUUUCUUUUUCUUUCUUUCGUAUUCUGUCCAUAUUCAAUGUGCUUGUCACCUUUUCUUCUUACAAUCAUAUCCAUGAGUAACACUUGUCUUUUAUUUGAAUACCAAUGAGUAUUACUCUUGUAAUUUUUUUUUCUAAAUAACUUCGCCUAUUUACUUAAACGAUGGAGUGAAUCUAUUUGAAAAAGUAAGGCAUCUAAUAGAUUAACAUCAAUUUUUUUGUUAAUAUUUAUUUACUCACUUGAGAAGGAAGAAAAGAGGAAAAAAAUGAUGAAACAAUCAUAUUGGACAUAAUUCUGAUAGUUGAAAUCAAUUGAAACAUUUUCUUUAAAUAUUGUAGAUGUCCUCAAAUUUAUUACCUGACAUCGAAAAUUUAUGUACAUUAUUCGAUAAACAAGUAGAUUUAACAACAGAAUCAUCAAAUAAUGAAAUAGAAAAUAUCAAUUCUACAUUUAAUAGUCAAUCACGUCGACCCUUAACUGUAUCAACACUUGCUCAUUAUUUCGGUCUUCAGUGUGAUGAAUAUCUUCGUUUAUCAAUUAAAUCUACGAAUGAAUCAAAUAAAUCCGACACUUUAACGAAUUCUUUAACAAAACAACGUGGAAUUACGUUUGAAUCUAAUUUAAAAUCUUAUUACUCUUCAUCAAUACUAUCAAAUAUUCAAGAUGAACAUCAAUUUUUACCUUAUCUUCGUUCGUUAAUAUCAAAUCCAACUGACUUACGAAUUGGUUAUAAUAUAAAAUUUCGAUGGACAUACGAUAAUCAUCUUCAGAGUCAUUAUAAACCUGAUUUUUUAUUAAUAAAACAUUUACCUACGAAUGAAAAUCGAAUUGAGAUAACAAUAGCUGAUGCCAAAUCAUCAUCUCGUAUGCGUAUUGAACAUUGCAUUCAAGUUGCACUUUAUGCGAUUGAUUUACGAUUAUGGCUCGAACGAAAUAAAUUAGAUGAACAUAUUUUUAUAAAUACUUUUGGUGAAAUAUGGUUACCAAAUGAUAAUGAUUUGAUUCCAUAUGAGAAAAAGGUUUUUCCAAUGAUGAAAUUACAAGAAAGACUACAACAUUUUCUUAAAUAUGAUUUGGAUAAAAUUUUAACAGGAUCAAAAUGGAUAAUGUUAUCACGUUGUUCAUUUUGUCCAUUUGUUUCACGUUGUCGUGAAAGAGCUAUUCAUUAUGAACCUGAAUCAAUAAAUAAUUUAUCUUAUUUAACACCAUCAACUCAUUCGUUAAUUUAUUCAUUUUUUCAAACCACAUUACUUUCAUCAAUUGAUCUUAAUCUUAUUUUUGAAAAACCAGAUCCUAAUAAAAUUUACGUUGAUGAUAAAAUAAAAUUACAAAGAAUUUUAUCAAUCAAUGUCGAUGAUAAAACAAGUGCUGUGGUAAAAGCUCUUCAAACACGUGAACCACAAUUGAAACAACAAACAUCACUUUUAAUACCGAAAAUAAAUAAAGAUUUAAUUCUUCUUUUUAUUUUUCUAAUACCUAAUCCAUCUCAAUUACAUUCUGUAGCUCUCUUUGCUUAUAAUAUAUAUGAUACUUCUGAUCAAUCAUGGUUUUCUUCUCAACCAAUUAUUCAAUCAUAUCCAUCACCAUAUCAAAUUGUUUCAAUUAUAUCUCAAUCAUUAGAAGAACUUAAAGAAAAAUCUGAACGUCCUUGUCAAAUUGUUCUUUUUGAUGAACAAGAAAAAACAGUUCUAUUCGAACAACUUACACUUGCAUCUGAUAGUGAAUAUAUUAGUCAAUGUCUUGUUUUAUUAAGUACAUCAGAAAAUGCUAUUCUACUUGAUUAUCCACCGGAUAUUCUUCAAAGUGAUCGUCUAUUUCGAUCACAUCCAUUAUCAAAUGUAAAAAAAGAUGAAAUUGAAAAAGAAUUAAAUAAACGGUAUGGUGCAUCUGGUGAUCAAAAUAAGAAAUCUACAAAAAUAGAAUUAGCACAUCAAUUAAAACAAUUAAACGAUCAAGAACAAGAAAAAACAAGACAAACUCUUAUUGGAUUACCAUGUCUUAUUUCUUUACAUACAGCUAUUCGUCAAUCAUUUAUUGUUCCAACACCUGGUUAUUUUGAUUUAGAUGAUCUUAAGUCUUCUUUCAAAAUUACUUUGCCUUCAAUGAAUACUACAGAAAUACUCGAAGCCAUAUCCGAGUCAGUUAUUGAUGAUCUUGUUCAACAGCGUUUAAAUGUUCUUGCACAUCUUUAUUUAACUAUUCAAAAUCAACUUUCAAAAUCGAAUCUUCUUCAAUUAGAUGUAUUUCCAUUACCUAAUAUUUUACCAAUAAACAGUUCUCAUCCACAUAUUCGUCGUUUAAUAUUUUUACGUCAAUAUGAAAUGUUAUAUUCUUUACGUUCAAUUCAACAAACACGAUUUGACACGACUGAAUCACCUAUUCUUAUUCGAAUAAUCGAUAGAAAACCUAUUGAUAAAUAUAAUAAUUUAUUGGAAUGUCAAAUUGAACGUGGUCAAGAAAUAAUCUCAAAAAAUUUAACUGAAAAUGUAGUAAAUACAAGUCUUUUUCGUACAUAUCCAUACUUAAUUUCCAAAGAUAAUUAUUCCAUUCGAACAUUUCCUGAUGCUGUUUAUAUGGAUUCAGCUAUUGAUGGUAUUCGUUCUCGUACAAAACUUGAUCAAUGUGGUUUAGCUCAUGUAGAACAAAAUGAAGAAAGUGAAACGAUAUUUAUUCGAGUUAAACUUUGUAAUUUUUCUUUUCAAAUUAAUCAACAAUAUUAUUUAAGUGAACGUUAUGUGGAUUUUAAUACUAAAAAAGCCAUUCAAGCAUUAGAACGAGCAACACCAUUGACAACACAAAUAUUAGAUGAUCCGAGACAAUUGAAAAAACCUGAAGUCAUUCAAAAAUCAAGUCAAAAUUUACAACAAGAAAUAAUAAAUAUGUUUUCUAAAAUCGAACCUACGAUUAAACCUGAAGGAUUACAUAUGCUUAAUAAAGCGCAACAAUUGGCAUGUGACAAAGUUAAAAACAAUCGUAUCACACUUAUUUGGGGACCACCAGGGACUGGUAAAACUUAUUGGUCUGGUGUAACUGUUUUUCAGAUGUUAAUGUUUUCUGCAUCACCUUUACGUGUAUUAAUUACAGCUUGUACUCAUACAGCAAUUAAUAAUCUUCUUUCUUCAAUAGAACAUCUAAAAAGACUCUUUUCGUCAUCACCACAAUUUCCUCAAUGGUAUAAAUUAGCUAAUGAAUUAGUUAUAUUAAAAAUUGAUUCAAAUAAUUAUCGUGAUCUUUCAUCUUGGAAAAGAGAACAUUCAAUAGUUGUUGGAUCAACAGGAUGGACAUUACAAAAACUUGAUCCUUCAAUUGUUUUUGAUGUUAUUUUUGUUGAUGAAGCAACACAAUUAUUGACAAGUGACGCUGUACUAGCACUUAAUCGUUUAGAUAAUCAUGAAGAAUCUCGAUUGAUUGUCGCUGGUGAUCCAUUACAACUACCACCUGUUAAACGUUGUAUUUAUCCAGCUUUACCUUAUCCUGUACCGGAUCUAUUUUCAUCUCUUUUUCAUUGUUUAUUACGUGAUGAAAAUAAUACACCAAUAUCAUUACAUACAGAGAAACCAUUCGAACAAAUAUCGCGUUGUCCAUAUUUAUCUAUUUUUAAUGAAAAUCAUCGCAUGAAUGAGCCAUUAUCAGAUUUUACUCGUCUUCUAUAUGGUGAAAAUUAUCGUCAAGGUCGUAAAAAAUCUUUACUUUCAAUUCGUUCAAUUGAUAAUUUACAUACACAUCUUCUUGGAUCUCUUCUUGAAGUACAUAAUUCACUUUAUACUUUUUUUGUUGAUUCUUUAUCAACAAGUUCAUUUUCGUCACGUGCUGAAGAUCUUCGUCUUGAAUCACAUCUUGUUUAUUCUCUUGUCAAUGAACUUAUUUUACGUAUAUCUCCUUCAUCAAUAUUCAUAAUAACUCCUCAUCGAAUGCAACGUUCUGCUAUUCAACAAAAACUUUCAAGAAAUCCAUUUUCAAAUGUUUCAAUAACAUGUGAUACUGUCGAACGAAUGCAAGGAAAAGAAGCUGAAUGUGUCAUACUCUGUAUGCUUUACAGACAACAUGAAAUUCUUGAAAAUGAAUUGGAUUUUAUUUAUAAUCGACAACGUAUCAAUGUUAGUAUAACACGUGCACAGCAGCUAUGUAUUCUCCUAACAUCACAAUUAUUAUUUUAUCAACCUCCACUAGAAUUAUUUGUUAAUGGAAAUACAAGAAAUGCUUAUACUUUAUUGAAUAAUUAUGUUAAUAAAUCUACUGUGCGAUUAUUGGAUAGUGACGGAAAUAUAAAAUAA